AUGUCGUCUUUGGAUUCUCACGAUAGCCUUGCCCUCGGUUCUGACAAUGCUCCCGAAGCAAUUCCUACUUCCAGCUUUGAAGACAUGAAAAUUACGACUAACUCUGCCGACUCUGACUCUUCUGGAUCAAACGAAACUUCUGAGGUCUCGAAUCCACCCGCUGGACGAUACAAGGUAUACUACCGACAAGGCCCUCGUGAUUCUUUACUCGUAAACUCUCCAAAGAGCGACACACUUUGCAACAUUCCCGAAAACUACGAAGUUAAAUUUCCGAAAAGUUCUUCAUCAAUCCUAUCUACUCAAUCGAUUCCUAAAACCCGCAAACGCAAAAAACUUCCCGCUGGUCGUGGAACUCCAACCCAAAUCUCUUGUGAUGUGACCGGAACUCUUUCUCAAUCUUUAACGGGCUAUGACCCAGUUGAUUCUCCUUUGAACAGAUUAGCCAUCGAACGAGCCAUACUUUUUGUAGGUCAAAUGAUAUCUCUUUCCGACGAAGACUCACUUAUUCCUUCCAUCAAGAUCAGAAUGCAAGAAGAUAUUGCUAGGAUCUUAGAAGUUCCUCAACAAGUUUUUAACCAUCAUGAUUUGUUACGUUCUAUAAUUGAUGUUUUUAGAUAUUGGGUUCAAGAGAUGAUCAAACGUGAUCGAUCGGUCGAAGUUGAAAGUUUGUUGAAUUUGAUCCAGGCUUACAAAUCUGAAUACGAAUUAUCUUGA